AACAGCUGCAUGGCUGUGGACAAGAUAGCUGGCGGAAGCGAUCGAAUCGAAAUGGAUUCCGAAAUAUUCACGCGAUAGUCACGAACUUCCAGCUAUUUAGAUCAAAUUGAAAAGGCCUUGCUUCAUGCACGAAGUUUAUUCUGAUUCAACCGGUAUCGGUGUGAGCUGGUAUUCGUUGCAAAAAGCAAUUAGCUGAGGGUGAGUUUUUCAGCUUUCACAGGCCUAUUUCUCAGUUUAAUUCAAAUCGAAAGUGAUAGUCUGGGUCGACAGAUUUUGAUCGCCGACUGAAGAAACGACUAUGGCGACCGACAAUGAUGUAAAGAAGAGGGACCUGACUCUCGUAUCAGCUAUUGGAUUCGAAGGUCACGUGCCGAGCGGCCUGCACGUGCACCCGGAUGGCACGCACGUGGUUCACGCGCUGGGUACGAGUGUGGUGGUGAUGGAGCUGUCCUCGGGUCGGCAGCACUUUCUGACCGGUCACAGCCACAACGUCAGCUGUGUGGACGUCAGUCGCAGCGGCAAAUACAUCGCCUCCGGACAGAUCAACUUCAUGGGAUUCAGGGCGGAGGUGAUAGUCUGGUCGUACGACGGUCUCACCCGGUUCGGCUCUCACAACCUGCACAAGGUCAAGGUGGAGGCGGUGGCUUUCUCUGCCAACGACAUGUUCAUGGCCUCACUGGGCGGUCAGGACGACGGCAACGUCAUUGUGUACGACAUGGCCACCAAGGACCCGCUCUGUGGUCUGACCGCCUCGCAGCCAACGCAGGGCAACUCUCUGGUCCUGUGCUUCUGCAGCACUGCCGACGAUACGUUCAUCACGGGCGGUGACUACACGCUGAGGGUGUGGAAGAUCAACAGAAAGAGGCGCUUCAUCACACCCACAAACGUCUCCGUCAGCGAGGUCAAACGCAAGAUCAGGUGUCUGAGGGUGGAUUCCCUGGACCGGUACCUGUACUGCGGUACCACGUCGGGAGACAUCCUCAAGGUACGGCUGGGUCAGCAGGAGGGACAGGUACCGGCCCUGGUGGCCUGUCUGGCCCGGGUACCGGAGAAGAAGACCAGGAGGACACGAGAGGGCGAGGCCUACACCGGAGGCGUCUGGUCGCUGCUGAUGCUGCCCGGCGACGAGCUGCUGGUGGGCACCGGUAACGGCACGGUGGCUCGGCUCAAGGAGUCGGCGCAGAAACCGCAGAACACCAUCAAACUGAUGAAACGAAUCACCGACAGACUGAUGGACGAGAUACAGCGUAACACGGUCCAGGGUCGGGUCACCACUCUAACGGCAGACGGUCAGGGCCGGGUGUACAUCGGUACGGCAGACUCGCACAUCUAUACGGCGUGUCCUCAGUCGAUACGACUGACACUGCUGAGAACGUGUCACCCUACAGAGGUCAAGGAGGUCACCUUCCCCAGGGCGUGUUCGGAGCUGUUUGUGACCUGCGCCUCGGAGGACACCCGGAUCUGGCACGCUCCGUCCGGCCAGGAGCUGAUGAGGAUGGCCGUGCCAAACAUGGUCUGUCAGUGCGUGCAGGUCACCGCAGAUGGCAGCACCGUCAUCACAGGCUGGAAUGACGGUAAUGUGCGCGGCUACAAUCCCGAGUCGGGCAAACUGAAGUUUAUGAUCCGUGACGUUCAUAACCGGGGAGUCACGGCCCUGGCGCCCUUCUCCACUGGGAAGCUGCUCAUCACGGGCGGAGGCGAGGGACAGGUGCGCGCCUGGGAGAUCGGCCGUCACACGCAGACACUGCGCGCCGCUCUGAAGGAGCACCGCGGCUCGGUGACCUGUCUGAGACUGACCCGGGACGACGCAGAGUGUGUGAGCGCCAGCACAGACGGGUCGUGCAUCAUCUGGGACGUCAGACGGUUCACUCGUAAGACUGUUCUGUUCGCCAACACGCUGUUCAUGAGCGUGUGCUACCACCCGUCCGAGGCGCAACUCAUCACCUGCGGAACGGACCGAAAACUCGCCUACUGGGAGAUAUUUGACGGCUCGCUGAUCCGUGAGCUGGAAGCGGCUCAGGACGGCGCUCUGAACGCACUGGAUAUCACCUCGGACGGCAAAUACAUCGUCACAGGAGGCGACGACAAACUGCUCAAGGUAUACCGGUACAGCGAGGGCGACUGCGUGUUCACCGGCGUGGGGCACAGCACUGCCAUCUCCUCGCUGAAGAUCUCUCCCGACAUGAAGACCGUGGUGUCGGUGGGCACCGACGGCGCCAUCCUCUGCUGGAAAAUGCCGGAGGACGCCGCCGUGGGCCAGUGACGUCACUAAACUAAGAGCGGUGAUUGGUCCAGGAUGGAGACACGUCACGAGGUCGAGAGUGGCGAUUGGUCCAGGCGAGAGAAUCAAUCGGCGAAAUAAGCUCAACUGAAUUUUGACAGAUGAAUUAGGUCCCUUUGCAAGCAAAAGGUGCACUGGGUUUGUUCUUUGCAUGCGAACUACGAGGAAAUUGAAGAAGCGACGCGAACGUAAACGAAGCAGACUCGACUCGUUUAAAGGAUAAUUGAUGAAACCCAAGUUUUGGUGAAUUUAGUGGCUUGAGAUAUGCACUAAUCACAUCUAGUCAAUGGAGUGUGCCUACAGCCUUGUCACCUCUAGUCCACGUCUUAGUCAUGCGCACUUUUUAGAUUAUGCGUGAUAUGAUCUCAUUUGUUUAUUUCAGGUGCUUGUCUUGCUAGUCUUAAAUAUUUUUCCGCGUACAGAGCUUAUGUCUGAAUGAAAGCCGUCCAAUGUCUUAAAAUAAAUGAGUUCUAAAACAA